AGUAAACACGGCUAGCAGCUGUGGCCCUGAUAUUCGUAUUUCGUGGUCUUGUCUUUUGAGGUUAACUCGAAGUUCGAAAACAACUCGUCCUCACUCAUCGCGUCGUCUUGACUCUUGACGGGUCUUGCAAUUUACAUUGAACACUUCGCGACGAAGCGUUCGUGUGUUUAGGUUUUUUUGAUUUUAAGACUUCGUUCCACAGAAGCGGUGAUACACAAUGGCUUUGCCAAAACAAAGGAAACAGUCCAAACGUUUGAAGUGCAGGACCAAGUAUAAGGUUGCCAAGAAAGUACGAGAGCACAAUCGAAAACUCAAAAGAGUCGCAAAGAAAAAUCCGAAAAAAAAGACCAAAAAUAGUAUGAUUAUUGCUCCAAACAUGUGUCCAUUCAAAGAAGAAAUCAUUGAGCAACUUAAUGAAGCUAAAAGAAAAGAGCGAGAGAUACGUUUGUCAAAUUUCAAUUCAAUGGAAACACAAUCUGAAGAAGAAACUAAAAAGAGUACAGAAUCGAAAUUGCCUUUUAAACAAAAAUGGCUUUUUAAAGAAACUAGAGCAGACCGAUAUAUUGAACACAAUUAUAAAAAUAUAAUUUCAAUGUGUGAUGUAGUUCUAGAAGUUUUGGAUAUUCGUGAUCCAUUAGCUACUCGUUCUAAGGAAAUAGAUGAUUAUUUAACAGCCAAUCCAGAUAAAAAACGUAUUAUUUUGUUAAAUAAAAUCGAUUUAGUGCCUAAAACAAUAGUAACUGAUUGGGUAGAAUAUUUUAACAAGAUAGCACCAACAGUGCCUUUCAGAGCUAGUCGAGAAGUACGAAAUACACCAAAAACUAGUGCAAAAGAUCCAAAUUUUAUAGCAAGAAUAAAAAAAAAAGUAGCCAAUAGAUGUUUCGGUGAAUCUGUUGUAUUGAACUAUUUACAGACUUGUAUAGAUGCACCAAUCUUAGGUAUAACAGUUGGUGUUGUUGGUAUGCCCAAGGUGGGAAAAUCUUGUGUUGUAGAUACCAUUAAAUGGAAAUAUACGAUUGGUGAUGAACCUGUUCCAUCAAAAAAGAAUCAAUCAGUAGGCGUAUUUCCUUUCAAUAAUAUGAAAAUUGAAUUAUUGCCAUGGAAAUGUACUGGAGCUAGUACUAUAUUGGAGAAACCCAGUGAUAGUCGUUUAUUAUUAAGACAGGCAUUACAAGUAAACCUUCAAAAUGUAGUCCCAACCAAGAUAUGUGCUUUGAUAUUACCUUACAUUAAAAAAAAUCAGUUAAAGUUAUUGUAUGAUAUGACUGUAGAAAAUACUGAAGAUUAUACACACAUACUUGAAAUGAAAGCAAAGCGACAUAGCUUAAUAAAUAGACAAGGAAAACCAGACCAACUUAAUGCAGCCAAAUCUUUCAUGAAAGAUUUAAAAGACGGAACAUUAUUGUACUACACGCGGCCACCUGUUAAAGAAGCCUCAGGAACAGCAAUGUCUAUAGACCAGGAAACAAAAUUCAAUGUUGAAGAUAUGAACACAAAAAUUAGCAAAGGUCUAUCUCACUGUAGGGAUAGAGCUAGAACUCUUUAUUUUGAUAUGACCGAUUCAUAAUGAUAAUUGUUAAAACUAUUUUUUCAUUUUUUGUCAUUUUAUUAUCAAUAUUUCCAAAAUAUACAUAAUUAUUUUAAUAAAGUAACAAAUAUCUAGAAAUUUCUUAAUUAUUUAUAAAAUUAAACUACAUUCAUGAGUGGAAUAUUGUCUCCUGUGUUUCUUAUUAUCAAUGAAAAUUGUAUUCUAUCGGUUGCUGGUUAUUAGCCAUAAUUAAUUAUUUUAUAAUAAUAUAUUCAUCAGUCUUAUAGCU